UGUGGUAACACUUGUAACCAUAGACUAUAUUGACAGAUUAAGGUUAAUACAUUCUUAUUAUCUUGGUAAUAACAAAAUGUAUUAUUAUUAGUAUAACAGAAUUAUUAAGUUUCUCCCCCUAAUAAAUGAUUCAUCUACACCUUCAGAUGAUUCUUUAAAUAACCAUGUCAACCAUGGCUUUGAAGUACAAUGUGUCUACCAAUAAAAAAUGUAGGCUAUGUUUGCGAAAUACUGAAACUUACAUAAAUCUAUUCGACGGAAAUUUUCAGAAAAUGAUAUUGGAAUUGACAUCUCUUGAGAUAUCAGAACAUGAUGGUUACCCUAAAAUAGCUUGUAUUAGUUGUAUUGAUGAAAUUCAACAAGCCACUAAAACCAGAAAGCGAAUUUUGGAGUGCCAUAAAAAGUUAUUGAAACUAAACACUAAUGAGUUAGAAGAAGAAAAUAGGAACCAUCCUGAAAUUAUUUUAGUAACUGAUUAUUCUGAAGAGUCUGAAGAUAUGCCAUGCGAAAUAUCCCAUGAUGGAUUAGAAGAAAUUCUCACCUAUGAAGAUUGUAGUGAAGUUAAUGGUUUAGAUGAUUUUGUAAUUAAAACAGAAUUGAGUGAAGAUAGUAAUGAUAUGACCUUUGAGGUUCUUGAUCACUUAGAUACUGAAAAUGAAGUUAACAUUGUAGAACUAGAUAACAAAUCAGAAGAUGAACUCUUAAGGAAUCAAUCUUGUCGAAAAUUCAAAAAAACAACCCUUGAUUCCAUAAAGACUAUACUUUCAAGUGACAUUAAGAAAAGGAAGAGAACUACUAGAAAAGUUCAGCGAGUUGAUCAAUAUAUUUGUGAAGAAUGUGGAGAAAACUUCUCUUGUGAUAAAUAUGCGUUUAAUCUUCAUAAAAUGAAACAUAAAAAGAGCCAAUGUAAAAUCUGUGGUAUAGUUAUCAGAUCUGAUAAUAUGAGUAAACAUUUAGAUAAUCAUACAAGUGGUCCCAGAGUCUGUGAUUUGUGUGGAGUAACCUGUAAAAAUAUUGAAAGUUUGAGAGGCCAUAUAUUUUACAUGCAUAAAAAAUCUAAAGAUGAGUACAAAUGUGAUCAGUGUUCUAGAACUUAUCGACAGAAAUAUAAACUUGAGCAGCACAAAAACAAAGAACAUAUAGGGGCUCGAAGGCACAUUUGUAAUGUUUGUCAGAAGAAGUUCUUUACAUUCAAAGAUAUGAACAGCCACAUUAAUAUGACACAUAAAAAACUACGUCCUCAUAUAUGCAAGCAUUGCAGCAAAGGUUUUUCUAGCAAAUAUGCACUGAAGACACACAUUCGGCAACAUACUAAUGAGACUCCAUACAAAUGUUCUGUAUGUGGGGAAGGUUUUAGGCAGAAUGUCUCUCUUCGUACACAUUUGAAGUCAAAACAUAAUAUUCAAGAAGAUAAAAAUUUUCCCUGUGAAUUUUGUGACAAAUCAUUUGCUUCCUGUUUUGCCCUGAAAGUUCAUCUGAGGUUACAUAAUGACAACAGUUAUCAAUGUAGGGACUGUAAGGAAUAUUUCCAUCAGAGUAUUUAUCUCUUUAAUCACAUGAAGACUGUACAUAAUAUAGAUGAGAAUAUGAUAGAUCUAAAAGAGUUUAAAACAAUUUAUGAUGAACAAGAAAUGUUGUCUUCAGAAGUUGGAAAUACUAUUAGUGAAGAUUUGGAAGUUCUCAGUAAUGAAGGAUAAUGAAUUGAAAUAAUGAAAAAGUAUUCUUUAUUAUAACGAUUAUAAUCAUCACAAGUGGAAAAUGCUUGAAUCACAUCUAAUUAUACAUAUCUCAUGUUUAGUUAUAUUGACUUCCUUAGUGUUUUUUCAGAAGGGAACUGAAUAAACAUGCUGUUUAAGAAUUUACAGCAUUUGUUUUCAAUUAUGUUAAAUAACUUCUUGAACAUUAUUCCCAACUGAAACUAAAAUUGUCCUUUUUGAUAUGGACUAAUACUGUGCCAAGAAUUGAAUGUAUGAAAAAUUAUUUCAGCUUUCAUUGAACCAUUGCGGAUGUAUCUGAAGUUUAACUCAUUGGUUUAUUUUCUAUUAUGCUUGUGAUAUUUGUUACUGUGUUUCUAAAUUCUUAUCAUAUAUUAGUUAUAUAUAGUGGCAAAUUGCAUUGUAAAUAUCAAAUAUUAUACUAAUUUGGAUCAAAAUAAAGAAUAAGAGUAGUUUUCAAAACUUUUUUCAAUUGAGGGGAAUUGGAACACUGUUAUUAUGGAGAAUUUUUGUGAAUAAAGUUGUUAUAAAAUAUUCUUAUUAGUUUUGAACCCCAUUUUUUAUGACGUUCAAUCUGUUGAAUUGAACGAAGAAAAGAUUUCACUUUCAAUAUGCAGAUAGAAUUGUAAAUAUUUCACUAAACAUGAUGAAGUUGAAUUUAAGGAAAAUUUUAUCGCAUCCACCAUGUAUUUAUAUUAUAACCUCAAUUUACAGUAGGGUGUACUAACUUACUACUACUUAGAAAUAUUUUAGUGAUUUAUUAAAGAUGAAAGAAAUUUAAUUAAUUUUAUUUAUAUGAAAUUAGAGUAAUGAAACAUUAAAAUAAUUAUUAGGUCUCAAUAUUAUUUUAUCUACAUAACCUAUCUUCUGGGAUGGUUUUCACAGACAAACAAAGUGGCAUUAUUGCUCUGGUGUUCAGCCUAAGUGGAUUAUUGUACCUGUUCUUCAUUUUGAUGAUUUUUCCAAUUCUGCCCUUGGAUGAAGAAAAUCCAGUGCUGAAAUAUUCACCAAUGGUUUCAAUAUUAGUCGUAUGUGGUACGAUGGGUUUUUUUUUCAUAGGUAGUUUAUCUAUUUUCACAAUUGUUACAAUUCAUAGGUCUAGGAACGAGUAAAUAGAAUGCUUAUUCCAUUGAAAAUAGAUAAUCAUGUUUCAAAAUAAAUUCUUUAUAUCAGAUUUACAAACUGAAUUUUUCAUAAAAUAAUUCAAUUAUCAAUUAAUUCUUUGUGAACAAUAAAUAAAAGUCCUGAUGAAUUUUUUA